UGCUUGUGAUGAUCUCUUUGGUAUUGGUGAUUGUGAUGCAGUAUUGGCGUGCUGUAUGAAUCCCUGUGGAUUCUUUUCAACUGAACAGAAGUUGGGGAAGAACAGAAACAGCUUCCCUACCAAUCCAUGGCCUCAAAACCAGCGUAUUUAUUAGUAAUGGAAAAUGGAUGAAGAACAAUGGUGGAGAAGCUCCUGCUACAAGAGCCUGAUGGUGUGUUUUACCACCUGUAUGAUCCUGGGAGGAAGCAGCUUGUUUUUCACUUUCCCUUGUGCUUUCUUGGCUGUUAAAGUUUCCCUGGCAUUCCCAGUCGCUGCUGGAAUCUUGUUCACACUGUGCUUUACAAGUUUCAUUAUCACCAGCUUCAUGGACCCCGGAAUUCUACAACAAGGUUCACAUAUAUCGAUGCAUGACAGCCUAGAUCCUAAAGUCGUGAAGGUCAAUGGCAAGAUAUUUUGUUUGAAAUGGUGCAGAGUCUGUCAGUUCUAUCGCCCACCCCGCUGUUCACACUGCAGACUCUGCAACGUCUGUGUGGAGGAUUUUGAUCACCAUUGCAAAUGGGUGAAUAACUGUGUUGGGAGAAGGAAUUACCGCUUUUUUUUCCUCUUUGUCUUCUUUCUUGUCCUUUACAUGCUGACUAUUUUGGGAUCCUGCAUCACAUAUCUUGUUCUCAACCACCAUGAGCCAAUGACAGCGGAGAAGGGCACCACUUAUGCUGUAAUCGUUCCUAUUGUUUUUUUCCUCUUUCCAGUGCUUUUCCUGUUUGGAGUUCAUAUUGAACUCAUCGUGUUGGGAGAAACCAUGUCUGAAGAGUACAAUGAUGAGGAGGAUAGAAAAAACCCCUUCACACACGGCUGGAAAAAGAACUUUCUCAACAUACUGUGUGGUCGCAUUGUGCCAAGGUACCUUGGAUCACUUGACAAACUGGAAACAAAAAAGAUAUCAAAGAAGAGAGAAGUGCAGCAGGCUGGCAGAGAUGCUGGAAAUCUAGUUAUAAAUAAAAGGACAGUGAAAAAGGGAGCAAUCACAAAGGCAACACAAGGCUGGAGGCCUUUCAAGAGGGAAGCCUGCUUCACAGGGCCAAGGCUUACAAAAACAGAUGUACAGAAGGUCGAUCCCUAUUCAUUCAUGGAGAACGGCAAAUGGACUUUGAAGAUGAAUGAAAACAAGUUAACUCCGGCCAUCAGCUACAUCCUUAAUGAGAGUCAUGUUUAAAUAAGCCAUGUUUCAGUGAACCUCCAAUCCUUACUUUUAUAAACCAUUUUACUCAGCAAAUGUAUAAUAUCCAUAUUACUACUCAGAAUACAGGGCUGGAAGCCGACCAUCAGGUCAUUCUUUUAACAGCUAUUUAUCCUUAAAUUAUCACCCUACCCCUCUUACCUGAUUUUCAACAGUGCUUCAAAAUUUCAAACUCACAGAGUUUUUUUCUGACAACAUUGCAAAUGAAACAAUUUUUCCCAUGUCCUUUUUGGGACCAUUUAUUCAAGACAUGACUUCCUGAGCAUCUGAUUCAUUUUUUUCAAAUACUUCAGCCACAGGAGGUGUAAGAGUGGAUCCCAGGUGACAUAAUAUUUCAUUUCUCCUGCCACAUGCCUUGUAUUUUGGGAAUUUAUUGAACUGUAAUUUGGUGUCAAUCCAUGACUAUAAAGCCAACAACAAGCUAUGUCCCUUCUAUCCUGUAUAAUUUUGUGCUUCUAUGUUAUCACCCUGCUGAGAAUCAGAGAGGUAAAUCCACAUCCUGCCAACCACUCUGUCUGCUGUUUUCAAUACAUUUUGUUGCACAGAUAUGCGAAUCGCCACGUUAAUAUGUUAAUCGCCAUGUGCAAAGAAUAUGAUUGUGAUGUCACCAGUUAGCAACAUGUUCUUUGCCAUUAACAUUCUCCCAGAUUAGCAGCAAUCACUUGUAGCUUUUAAAAUCUUUUACUUUCCAAAAUCAGCCCCAGGUAACUGAAAGAGGUCAAAAGCUUCUCUAAACUAUGUGAAAUCUGACUGAGACCUCAGGACGAAUUUCAAAUGUUUAUAGGGAUUAAUGUGUGACUUCAAAAUAGGGGGAUAUUUUGACAGUCCUCCGUAUGUCAUCCUUCUUAAAACAAAGACACUACAGAUAGCAAUUUUGGUUUAACAAUAACAAUAUUACAAAACACUUUUGCAACAAAAAGAAGUAAAAUGCAAAACUCGGCAUCCAAUUAGAAAAAGGUCCUUUUGGUGUGUACAGGAAUUACAUGAAUUACUGCAAGUUGUGAUUGGUACAGGAUGCAAACUAGAAGGCUUACCAUCACAUCACCUAUAUGUUUAGUUGGCCACAUUUGAUCAUUUUAAGAAUUCUAGAUGUUUCCACUAAGUAUCUAAUUUGUUUCCUUUAGGUAAAGUGUAUAUAACUGAGUAUAUGUAAAGUUGUUCAGUUAGACAUUCCUCCCAUCUCUGAAAAAUUACUUGGAAUUAUGAUAUGCACUCUUUAGUGCAGAAGAAUUAAUCAACGAAUGAAUAAAUGUGUUUUCAAAACAUUCUGCAACCAUUUUGCUUUCAUUUUUGUUGGUAACUGAUGAGAUGUUAAUUGAAUACAAAAAAAUGUUGACUAUUAAUAAUUCCUGUACAU